AUUUUGUUUGAAACUGGCCAGUCCCCCUAGCCCUGGAUGAAUAUUUUAGAUCUAUAUCUAGAUUAUUCUAGAUAUAUUAGAUUAGAUCUAGAUGAUUACUAGAUUUAGAGUCUAUAGAUUUAGAUAAUUUCAUAUUAUAUCUACACCAGAUCGAUCUAUAAUAAUUUAUAUUAUAGUUAUUAAUAUCACUAUUUUUACAGUAUGUCCAUGCAUGACCAUGUCGUCCAUGUACUAUAAAUUUAACUAUAAAUUUAUAAAUCAUAAUAAAUGAAAUGACAAAAUCAAAUGUCUAAUCACGCUUAUAAAUUCAUUAUAUAUUGAGUUGAGUGAAAAAAUUGAAAUUGCAUCAGUAUGAAUAUGAUCAGAUCAAUUAUUUUGAAUUGAAUUAUACCUGUACACAAUUGUAUCUGAAACUGAAGACCAAAAAUGGCAAUGAAACAGAAAAUGUAUGACGCUAUACUUGAAAUUCUCAGCAGAGAGCCUUCUUUUUUUGAAGCUCGUCGACAAUUACAACUUAAAUGCCCAGAAAUAUUAAAAUCUGUCAAUGAAAAAACUUUGAAGAGUAUGCAGGCUCAGUAUUAUGUGAGACGAAUGCGUAGAAAUCAUCAUCAUCAUUAUAGCAGAGACACUAGAGAGAAAUACUAUAAGCUAUAUAAAAAAGCAAAGUUGAAAAAUGAAAAGCAUGUCAUAGUACGACUAGCAUACAAGAAUGAUAUAUCCCCCUGCCUAUUGGCCAGAAUUAUUCUGGAAGAGUAUUACUGGAAUGAUGUAGCGCAUGACAGAGAAAGGGGUGAAGGACGAGGAACAUUGCCAGCAGGUUUUAUGACUGACUGUAUUCGAGACAUUGCUAAACUUCCCAAUCCAGAUUUAGCAGAAGAAAUAUAUGAGACCAUUGUCUUGGAUAACUUUUAUGGACCAGCAAUUGACAGCAUUAAAAAAACUUGUGGAGUUGAAUAUGAAUUAUUUCUUAAAGCCUACUGUAAAAGAGAAAACAUGUGUUUUAUAGAUGAAGACCAAAUGCGUGAAGAGGGCUAUGAUAAAACACCAGAUAUUAGGCUAAAGAUUCCAGUGUUGAUAAAAAAUAGAGUGGUCAACUGGAUUGAGAGUAAAGCUUCUUUUGGAGACCCCAUCAAUCAUCAGCAGUAUAUGACUGAUCAGUUUUUACCUUACAAAAACAGGUUUGGCCCAGGGGCUGUUAUUUAUUGGUUUGGCUAUGUUGAAGAAUUGGGAGACAAUGAAGAAACUGACAUUCUACUGCUUCAUACAUUCCCUACUUCCAGUGAAAUUGUUCAUUUGAGGGAUGUUUACAAAAAAGAGGAGGAAUCAAUAGAAAAGUUAAAGCUUGAAGUAUUAGAACAUAAUUCAAAUGACAAUAACUCUGAACUAUUUGAAAAGAAACAGGACAAAUUGCUUACUUAUGUUGACUUAUUCUUUGAUUCUGAUGAUGAAAUAGGAGCCAAGAAGUUAGAGAAUAUUAAUUUAGAUUGUACUUGAAAGAAAUGUUUUUUUCUCUUUUAAUAAUUCUGACAGUGAACAUUAUGUAUUCUUUUAAGAACAUUCCUGUAAUAUAUUAGCAUAUUAAACAUACAGUUGUAAGUGUG